AUGGCUUCGAAUCGCCUGAGCUGUUUCCUGCACCAGGCCUCGCAAUUACCCCCAGCAGAUCAGAGUGGGGAGAGGGAACCACCACACCAUAGAUCACGCGACGUGCAUUGCAUAACCGGGUCUGUUCGGAAGAACCAAAGAGGAAGAGGAAGAAAGGUCAUGGGAGAUGUUCAAGCGGCAAGCGAAUCACGAACUGUGUCAUGGUCCUGGUGGGUGCAUGGUGUAAGAAGCAAGAAGCUUAGUGGACGUUUCGGCAAGCGCAGAUGUCGGGAGAAGUUGUUAUCAAAGUUGAAGGAACGGAAGAAUAUGCACGACACGUUUACCUCUAAGGCACUUAAUCUCCCGAAGAAUACUCCCGAUGUCCGAAUUCGGGACUUGGGAAGACUCAAGGGGUAUUAG